CGCCGGCAGUGCUGGCAAACUCCAUUCCAUUAUAGAGACGCCGUGUAAAGAAAAAACGGAAAGAAGUAGCCGACUUGCUAGCCGCCGAAGAAUCGCCCGAAAAACGUGAAAAGACCACAGAAAAGAGAGCCCCUGGUAGAACGAAGUACGUGCACCGCAGGAAAACGAAGCACUCUGCGAACAAGAUGUCGGACAUCUCCAGCGAGGACCUGCGACGCGAGAUCCAGGCGGUGCUGAAGGACGCCGACCUGGCGACCAUCUCGGCGAAGAGGGUGCGCGAGCAGGUCGAGGGCAAGCUGAACUGCUCCCUGCUGAGCCGCAAGAAGGAGUUCGACAAGAUCGUCAUGGAGGUGAUCAACGAGCAGCAGGACGAGGAGGACGAGGACGACGACGAGGGCAAGGACCCCGACGCAGAUCCCGACGACGAGAGCGAGCCCAGCGAGGAGGAGGACCCCAGCAGCAGUGAGGAGGAGGCCCAGAAGAAGAAGAAGCCGGGUCCUAAGAAGCGGCCACAGCCCACCAAGCACAAGGCGCCCAAGAAAAAGCGCAAGACCCUGAACGCCGACGACUCGGGCACCGAGAGCGACGCCGGCUCGGACUCCGACUACGAGGUGGUGAAGAAGCCCGCCGCCAAGAAGAAGGCCAAGGCCGCCGGGGGAACGGGCACCGGGCGCAAGAGCACCGGCUUCACGCGCGCCUACAACCUCUCGCCGGAGCUGAGCGCCCUGAUGGGGGAGUCGUCGCUGCCGCGCCACGAGGUGGUCAAGAAGGUGUGGGCCAUCAUCAAGGAGCGCGACCUGUACGACCCCAAGAACAAGCAGUUCGCCAUCUGCGACGACGAGCUGAUGAAGGUGAUGAAGAUCCGCCGCUUCCGCACCUUCGGCAUGCUGAAGCACCUCAAGCCGCACUUUCUCGACUAAGUCCACCCCGCCGAUCCUCUCCAGAUGCAGCUACUAUAGUACGCCUCACCGCCAGCCUGGUUUACCGACCCUGUAUCCCCUGUAUCUUUCGGCUCCGCUUGGAUUUGUUUGUUCCACGACCUUUGAUUAAGAUUUAGUUGACGCAUGUGUCUAGCAUUAACCUAAUUAGGACGGGUUUCGAGAUGCACUUUACGGCAUUUAAGUAAAAGUAAAAGUUCAUGCCACAAGCACAAGAUGAACGGAGAAAUUAUAAAAAGAGAAAAAGAAACGAUUGUAAUACAUAAAGUGUAUGAUUUUUUUAUAACAACUCGUGUAGUUUACAUUUUAUAAAGAAAAACAAAACAAUUUUAAGGCAAAGUAUCGAGUAAUAAAAGAGAAAUAGACGAGUGAUGCAUCUGAAAUUCA